AUGUCGCUCCCAGAAUUCAAACAAAACUUCCUCAAGGACUGCGUGUCAGCCGGUGCUCUCAAGUUUGGCACUUUCACACUCAAGUCCAAGCGCAUAUCACCCUACUUCUUCAAUGCAGGACUGUUUCACAGAGCCGAUUUGCUACGCUCCAUAUCCUCAGCGUAUGCGCACACUCUCAAGGCACAUGGCGAAUCAGACCCUUCGUUCCAAUGGGAUAUUCUUUUUGGGCCAGCCUACAAGGGCAUUCCUCUAGCAGCAGCAUCAGUCGACAAGCUCGCCGAUCUGGAUCUUGCCAAGUACGGACAGAAGAGCUACAGCUUCAACCGUAAAGAAGCCAAGGACCACGGUGAAGGUGGAAACAUUGUUGGUGCAAGUCUAAAGGGAAAGAAGAUUGUUAUCGUUGAUGAUGUCAUUACUGCUGGUACUGCCAUCAGGGAGGCUAUUGAUAUCAUCAAGAGGGAAGGCGGAGAGCUGGUCGGCAUUAUCGUUGCUUUUGACAGGCAAGAGAAGACACCCACUCCCAAUGACGAGGAUGGGAAACCAGGCCCCAGUGCCAUCGGUGAAGUUAGGAAGCAGUACGGCAUCCCGGUUUUGGCUAUCUUGACGCUUGAUGAUGUUGUCGAGUAUCUGAGGAGUCUGGGCGGAGAGGAGGAUUUGAAGAGGCUGGAUGAGUACCGGGAGAAGUACAAGGCGAGCGAUUAG